AUGGCGAACAAGGCUAUCGCCUCCUUUUUUAAGGAAAAAAUAUAUUCAGAAUGGUCGAUUUCCGCCUGUCUCGAUUUUGUUUCAAGUAAUAAUGAUGUAAAUGCUGAUGACAUUGAACCAAUUCUUAAGCACAUGAAGAAGAAACUCCAAUCAAUCAGUGAUGAUCGAAACAAUUUAUCUCGCGCACGUCAAAAAGCUCUUUCCAUUUACUCCUCUUUUGACAAGACGAUCAAAAGGCCCGAGAUUCAGAAUGUGCUUCAAACGAUGAUAAAGAAGACUGAGGUUGAGUCAAGAAAACGAUUAUAUAAAGAAACGAUGAAAAUUGAAAUCAUAAACGAUAAGAUGGCAAUUGCCCCAGAUACAAGACUGACAGAAGAACUAAAGAGAAAUCGAACAGAGGUCGAAACGGAUGAGGACGACUCAGAAAGUGAUGAGACUGAUUAUGAUGACGAACUCAGUGACUGUGAAAAAUCCCCCGUAGUAAUGGCUGUUGAACGUCGGGAAAGUCGGCCACUAUCUGCCCUCGAAACGAAAUUUAUCAUAAAAAAAAUUGAUACAAGAGAACAAAUUCUAGCUGCGGCCAAAGAUAGUCUUGCCACUGAUGAAAUUAAGCAUUUCAAGAAAUUCAUCCCAGUUUUCAAGGAGUUUAAGGAAAAACAAAAAUCAAAUGUCUAUUCCUGUUCCAAUGAUGAUGUUAUGGAUAUAAGGGGAAAUGGUGAAUUCGCAAAUUAUUUAAGUUUUGAACAAUAUGCAGAACUCUUAUCAAUUAAGCCUAAGAGAGAUGCAAAUAUACCCAUAUCUUGGAGGACAAUUAUAGAAGAUUAUUUUACGGACUCAAUAAAUGAUAAGAAAAAAUCAAUUGAUGAUUGGGUUUGCGUAACAAACAAUCUCAUUGUAAUAAAUGAGAAAGAUACUGAUGAGACGGCCCAAAUUAAAAAAUAUUUAUAUAAAGUGAUGUCACCUUUGAUUGAAUCAUUUUGCAAACCUAUUCCAGCAAUAAAUGCGCACAACACCAGUGAACAUCAUUACUGGUCGGAAUUUGGUCAUCGCUUUUUUUCUAGAGCAUUAGAUGAUUUUGUUGGGCUUGAUUGGCGUGUCAUGGAGGCUCCUGUGCAUGCAUCAAAAUACAGAAAAAAUCACGGUCUGGAUCAUAUAACUCAAAGCGUAGUUGACGGAAAGUUGGCCGAUAUAUUAGCAUGGACUGAAAGUGGAGAGGAGAUAUUCGUGGGUGAACAAUCGGGGCCUCCAACAAAAUUGGAUUUAACAAAAUUUGCGUCAGAUUCCUUUAAACUAUACAGAGAGCUGAGAGACUGCUUAAAUGUAAGGAUUUUACACGCAAUGGAGAUUGGUGAUACUAGCUAUAGUAAUCGUGUUGUAUUUGGUGUGUUGGGGCAAUUAUUUGAGGUAAAGAUGUUACUUAUGUGGAAGGAUGGGGUAUACAUAUAUGAGGAGUUCGGAUCCUUAACUAUCGCAUCUCAUUACAAUAACAUAUAUACUAUGAAGACAGGAAUGUUAAGACUAUUAGAAUUUAUUUUGGCUAUAAAGAAUGAAGUUACCAAAAAAGUCGAAACCAGUGAAUAUGAUAAUGACAAAAUACAAUUGUUAAAAAGAAAAUUUAGCGAAAUUUUACCAACUCGUCCUUCACCAAUCAAAAAAUUAAAACUUAAGAAGGACCAACAUUAA